AUGUCAACAUCAGCAGCUCCCUUCUACCAGCUCCGUUGCGGCUGCAACCAAUACCCAUGGGGCAAGCAAGGCUCUAACUCUCUGUCCGCGCGACUCUGCGAAAAGACACCAGGAUGGGAUGGAGAUGGCAAGGAGGAUUUCAAGAUUGAUGAGGAUAAGCCGUACGCCGAAAUGUGGAUGGGCACCUACCCUGUCUUGCCCUCUUACGUCGCUAGCACAGGCGAGGAUCUUCAAGAUGUUCUGGACCGAUUCCCCAAGGAGCUUCUUGGAGAGAAAGUGACCUCCAAGUUCGGACAUAGCAAGUUGCCAUACCUGCCCAAGGUUCUGUCGAUCGCCAAGGCAUUGCCGUUGCAAGUUCACCCCAACAAGGAGUUUUCGAGCAAGAAGCACAAGGAGGAUCCCGAUUCGUUCACUGAUGGCAAUCACAAGCCCGAGAUUGCUCUUGCUCUGUCCGAAUUCGAAGCUUUCUGCGGAUUCAAGCCUGUUGAGGCUAUCGUGGAUGUCUUGCGCCAGAAGCCUCUGCGACACUUCCUUGUUGCUGGAGGCGCCACAGUCGCCGAUGAGAAGAUUAGCCCCGAAGGAUUGAAGCAGGUCGUCCGAACAAUUCUAACUUUGUCUGACGAAGAUAUCAAGAAGACUUUCGAGGCAAUCAGGGAGCUCCCCGACUCUGCCUUUACUGGUCUCAACUCCCACAUUCCCCAGGUUGCUAAGAAGCUCGAGGACAUGUUCCCCGAACACGACCCUGGUAACCUGGUUGCUCUUCUAUGCAUGAAUUACAUGCUCCUCCAGCCAGGCGAGGUCAUUUACAUCCCCGCGGGUGGCAUCCACGCCUACAUUCAGGGUGAUAUCAUCGAAUGCAUGGCGCGUUCUGAUAACGUUCUCAACACUGGUUUCUGCCCUAAGGCAGAGCGAGAUAACAUCGACGAGUUCUGCUCAGUGCUGAACUGGGAGUCCACAACCAAGACACAAACCACCCUUCAGCCAGAGACGUACUCCGGAAGCAAAGAGGGCAAGACCCAACUCUUCAAGCCUCCUACCAGCGAAUUCAACGUCCUUGCUACAGAUCUCCAGUCUGGUGAGCGCGAAACUUUGAGUGAAGGCGGUCCCAAGAUCAUUCUGGCGACUCGAGGCAGUGCCACAGUCAAGGCGAAUGAUAAGUCAUUUGAGCUGGGAGAGGGACAUGUUUACUUUAUUUCUCAAGGCGUGAAGCUGGAUAUUACUGCUGGCAAUGGAGGUCUGUUGCUGCAUAGUGCAGUUGCAGAAUAA